AUAUAAUUUAGUAUUGGACGUACUGAUUGGUUGUUGGAUAAAGAAUUUCCGGAAUCCUAUCUCAGAAUUCUAGAAAUUCCCUAUUUAAUAACCAAUUGGUAUAGCCGAAAAGCUUUGUCUACGAAUGUAAUGUCAGUCUAAACAUCGUUUAACCUAUAAAAAGAGCCAAUGUUUUUGUUAACUGUUUUAAAUUGAUAUUGAAAUUUAAAUUAGAUUAAUCUAUACCUGUCAUUUUUAACAUUGUUCAAUAAUAUGUAUAUAUUUAUACAAAGAUGAAUCGUUUAUGUAUAAGAUUAUCAUAUAACCCUGGAAAAAUUAACAUUUAUAAAUAUUGAAACAAAUAUUUGCAAAAGAAUAUGACCCGUAAGUGUGCAUUGUGUAAAGAAAGCAAUUAUAAAAAGAACAAUUAUAGUUUUUUCUCAGCACCUAAAGAUGCAGAAACACGCAGAAAAUGGCAAAAUGCUCUUGCAAUUAAAAACUACAUUGUCACAGAUGACACAUAUGUAUGUAGCAGACAUUUUCACAAGAAUGAUAUUAUUACACAUUGGAUCAGUGGAGUACCACCGCAAGUAAUAAAGGUGCUUGAUGAAUGCAAAAUAUGUGCAAAAUUAAUCAAGUACAAGAAAUGUCGAUUGCGUCCAGGAGCUGUACCAAUUAGAAAUUUCCAUUUGGUUAAUAACUUAUCAACAAAUAAAGAUAGCUUAAGUCAACAUGAAAUAGAUAUCAGGAAUUUGACACCUAGAGAGGAAACUUCAGAAGAAAGUGAGAUUUUUUUAAUACCUAGAAGAAAGAAAAGUUUAAGUGACAAUGAAGAUGCUGAAAAUGAAAAUACUAAUGUACAUUAUCACACUUAUUCUAAAUCACAAGAUUAUAAUUCGGAAGAAAAUGAUGAUUUGUAUAUACAAUUAUCGAGGGAAAUGGAUAAGGAAGACAUAGAUAUCUCUAUUAACGAUUCAAAAUUGAAAAAAUUAAAAUCUGAGAUAAAAGAAUCAGUUAAAACACUAAAAUGCGAUAACAAUUACAAUCCAGAUUUCAUAGAAAUAAUGACGAAUGAAGAUAAAAAAAAAACUCAGAUAUCUAGCAAAUUAAUUCGCGCGAAAAAGUUUAAUAAAGCAACAGAAUGUAGUAUCGAAAGAUAUGAUUCUUCUGAAGAUGAGACAUCAAUGAAAACUUUGCAACACAAUGUCGAUUCCGUGCGUUCUUAUUCGAAAAAGAAACCUAUGAAAAAAUUAAUACGUAAUGAUUUAUACAUAAAUAAUAAAGAAUUAGCUACCUUGAAUUAUAAUUGUUUAGAUAUGCAGAAUAAAGUAUUUGAUGCAGUCAGUGAAAAUGAGAUAUUGUUUGAAGAUUUUCUUGAAGUAUGCACAGAAGUAUCUAUACCACAUGGCUGGUCCUGCUUAGUAACAUCAAAAGGACAUGGCACCACAGUAGUGUAUCUUUACAUGGGAAUAACAAAGGAUGGAUUGCCUUUUGUGGAGAAACAAGGUUUUAUAAGAAGCGACAUGGUUUUACAUUGCGCUGUAGCUAAUAGAGAAAUCGAUCCGCUUAUGCAUAAUCUCGUGAAAGAAAGGAAAAUGAGAAACUUAUUGGAUAUAGAAAUAUUUAUCGAUGAGUUUGAUCAACGAGUCAUUUGUCAAGGUAUACACGAUCGUAAAAACUUUCAAGAUUUUGAUAUGACUAAAGUUGCUUACGAGGAUGGAAUCAGAUGGAGACACGUUUCUUGUUCGUUGAUUGUAAAUAACAAUUCGUCCAGAUGUACAAAAUGUGCUAAAUUAUCACACAUACUAAAUAAAUCUUAAAGUUUUCAUACAUAGGGAAUUUUCAAAGUGAAAACGUAAGAACAAGAUUUUUAGAUAGUAAUUAAAAUAGAAUGAAAAUAGAAUUGAAAGGAGAUUCUAAAAUAACAGGGCAGUUUGAUAAUAAUUCUAAAAUAACAAAUUUCUAUUAUAUUCUU